GUCCCCUUCAGCUCCGCUCCCCCUCCGCUGCCAACCCAAGUGGACCUUUAACCCCUGGAUUAACUCCCCAACCCCGCACCUCGGAGCCCCUCCGCACCCCGCUUCCUCCUCCUCCUCCUCCCCCCCGGCAGCCCCUCCGCGGUGAACCGCCAGGCGGGAGAAGAGCCGGACCGGCGGGGCGCCCGGGGGAGCCGGCAGCGAGCGGGUUAAACGGCUCCCCGCCCCGAGAGGCUGGUCCGGGGAAGGCGCCGCGCCGAGAAAGUCUCCGGGCACUCACUCCGGGCUGAGCCGGGCGGCGAGCGGAGGUCCCGAUGGAAGCCGGGCAAGAUCCCCCGCCGGCGGCGUGAGCGUGAGCUCCUCUUCGGAGCGCCGCCGCCCGGGAGAAGCCCCUCGACCCCGCCGGUGGAGGAGGCGGCGGCAGCGGCGACCUUCCCGGGAAAGUCUCAACCGUCUGAGAAGCCAGGAAAGGCCACGGGGUGAGAGGCCAACCCCGGAGAUCAGAGGGCGAUGAUGGAGACCUUUCCUCAUGGCAGCUCCAGGAACCUCCUUUCGGCAGCCUGCGUGGUUCUGUGGAGACCCCACACCCAGCCACGCAAAAUCCUGCUGUGAGCUAGGAUCCAGGAAGACGCCCCCCUCCCCCACCACCCCCCAGGAUGUGCAACACCAGCCAAGCCAGCUGGAGCUGCCCUGUGGACUCCAGGAUAGACCACCUCUUCCCGCCCACCUUGUACAUCAUCGUCAUCACCCUGGGUCUGCCCACCAACUGCAUGGCCCUCUGGGCGGCCUACCUGCAGGUCCGGCAAAAGAACGAGCUGGGCGUCUACCUGAUGAACCUGUCCAUUGCGGACCUGCUCUACAUCGCCACGCUGCCCCUCUGGAUCGACUACUUCCUCCACUACGACAACUGGAUCCACGGGCAGGAAUCCUGCAAGCUCUUCGGGUUCAUCUUCUACACCAACAUUUACAUCAGCAUUGCCUUCCUCUGCUGCAUCUCGGUGGACCGCUACCUGGCCGUGGCCCAUCCACUGCGCUUCGCCAAGUUCCGGAGGGUCAAGACGGCGGUGGCCGUCAGCGUGGUGGUGUGGACCAUCGAGAUCGGGGCCAACUCUGCCCCGCUGUUCCACGACGAGCUCUUCCACGACCGCUACAACCACACCUUCUGCUUCGAGAAGUAUCCCAUGGAGGAGUGGGUGGCCUGGAUGAACCUCUACCGGGUCUUCCUGGGCUUCCUCUUCCCCUGGGUGCUGAUGCUCUUCUCCUACCAGGGCAUCCUGCGGGCCGUGCGCGGCAACGUCUCCACGGAGAAGCAGGAGAAGGCGAAGAUCAAGCGCCUCUCGCUCAGCCUGAUCGCCAUCCUGCUCUUCUGCUUCGCCCCCUACCACCUCAUCCUGCUCUCCCGCAGCACCGUCUACCUGAGCAAGCCGGGUGACUGCAGCUUUGAGGAGAAGGUCUUUGUGGCUUAUCACACCUCCUUGGCCUUCACCAGCUUGAACUGCGUGGCGGACCCCAUCCUCUACUGCUUUGCCAACGAAGGAGCCCGGAGCGAUGUGACCAAGGCCCUCUCCACCUUGGUGCGCUUCCUCACCAGCUCCAAGCCCCAGGAGAUGGCCAGCGCCUCGCUCACUCUCGACACACCUCUGUCCACCAAGAAGACCAUCUUCUGCCGGCAGCCCCUGGCCUUCCCACUGCCCCCCUCCUCGCAGGCCAGCAGGUUGGGGAUGGGAGACGAGGAUCUCCACAUGAAGAUCCUGACUUUUAACCGGUGACUGUUCCUGGGAAAGCAGCCGGUCUCUGCCACGCGGCAUCCAGACGAUUCUUUAAGAGCCAGAAAUAAUAUUACGACCAUUUAAAACA